GUCGCGCUGUAUACAAAACAUUUCGUGAAGCUGGCCAUGAAGUAACUGGCCUUGCUAAAAGUCGUGUGAAAAAUGGGUUGAGACAGUUUGAUUUAACCGACAAAGAUAAAUUGGAAUCUCUGAUUCAAGAAUUAGAACCUGACGUGAUAAUCAAUACUGCCGCCGAGCGAAGACCUGACGUCGCAGAAAAAAAUCGUGAAGCAACUUUCGAACUCAAUGUCAACGUUCCAGCUCACAUUGCCUCAUUGUCCGAGGUCUACAAUGUUUUACUCGUUCAUAUUUCCACAGAUUAUGUAUUUGAUGGAAAAAAUCCUCCUUAUGACGUGAACAAUAAGCCAAAUCCAUUGAAUUUUUAUGGAGAAACCAAAUACAAAAGUGAACUCGCUGUACAAAGCGCAAAUCAACAAGCAGUGAUUUUACGUGUGCCAGUUUGGUACGGUGAAGUGGAAUUUCCAGGGGAAUCUGCGGUCAAUAUCUUGGUGGAUUCUGUUAAGAGUUCAUCAAAAAAUGUUGAGAUGGAUCACUACGCAAUUAGAUAUCCUACUAAUGUUCAGGAUGUAGCGAGGGUUAUUAAGGAUAUCUCUGAAAAACAUGUUGAUCAACAUAUUCCAAUUUCGGGAAUUUUACACUUUAGUAGUAAUGAAAACUUUACAAAAUAUGAAAUGUGUGAAAUUUUUUCAAAAGUUUUGCAAGUUCCAAUUAAUCAUAUUAAACCAAUAGACCAUGUCCCUGCAGCUGCAGCUGUAAACCGUCCAUAUGAUUGUCAUUUAUCAAAUAAUCAACUGAUUAAUCUAGAAAUUAAUAUAAACUGUAUUGGAUUUGAAGAUUGGUGGAAAAAUUAUUUAAAUAACUAA